AUGCCGACACCCUCUCAUCCACCCCAUAACCUUCUUCAACAACCGUCUACUACCUUUAUUCUCGCUCCCCCCACGAACCACCUCCACCUCGACCUUGCCACGAGUCAACCCGAGACCCCCAUCCUCGAAAGCCCAAGCCCGCAAGCGUUGCAAGUCCCACGCGUCCCUCUCCCCGUCCACGACCCUCCCCAGCGCGCCAUCAUCAAAGGCAAUGCCCCUCCAAAGCAGUACCCCCAGGACCUGAGCCCUCUUCGCCCGGCGAAUGACCUCCUCCCCGCCAGCCCUCUCCUCCCUCCCCCACCCCAGUUUCCGCCUCACCCACGCCUCGCCGCCCUCGUCCUCUGCCUCCUCGCGCGGCGGAUGAACCAUGAUAUUAUCCGGCACGAGGUCCCCGUGCGUAACAACCCAAGGCAACCUCUCGAUACCCCCAAGAUCCCUCCUGACAUCCCUCACAACGUCCCGAAACUCACAAGGCAACCCCUUUCCCAUAAUCUCCAACCGCCACGCCAAACUCCCUCCCACGCGCCCUCUGCCGCCCGCACCCCCGUGUCCGCGUCCGUCCCCGAAAUCCUCCCGCCUCCCCCUCCACGAAUCCGCAAAGACAACAGCCAGAUCCGCAACAAGCCUCCUUCUCGACGCUCUCGGGUCCGUCUCCAGACCCGCAGAUAUCCUCCGGAAGCCCGUCAAGGAUACACCGCCGACCCUGUCCAGGAGAUACGCACACAACUCCCCCCCCUCCACACCCGGCACGACCCCAUCCCCGAGUACACCCCUAGCCACGACACACAUCUCGACAUCAACACCGUGCCUCCGAGGUCGAAACUGUACGAGUCUUCCGCCACCACCACUACUGCCGCCGCUCUUCCAACUCGUACCGCUCUCGCUCUGGCUCUGACUCUCGACGCUCCCCCCUCCGCCGGCCUCAACACCGCUAUCCCGCCGCCGUCUCGCCGCUCCACCGGGAAGCGGCCUCAGGAGCAGCGUAUAAGAGCAGUACCCCUGAAACGGCGCCCUCUCGACCUCGCACCCGGGGAACAUUGCCUGCGCGAACUCGUGCGCUGCCGUGAUGGCGGAGGGAUGGAGUCGAUUCCUCGCCAGGAACGCCGCGACUUUGUCGUCGUCGUCUCUGGUCUCGGUGUCCUUGGUCUCGAUGUCUUUGCCGUCGGUGGUACCUUGUCCAUCCGCGAUCUGGGCCACUGA